AUGGAUGCUUUAACUACUUUUAAAUCUUUAGAAAAAGACGACGCUCUUUGCCUAGUUUCUGACGAUCCUGGUAAAUGGCCUAUAAACCUAACCCACAGUCAGGUACAAUAUAUAAUUGAAAAUUUCCCAAGUCAAGUUCAAAACAUAGCAUUUCCCAGAGAUGAGCAAAAUAAAAAAUUUUCAGAGUCAUAUUUUUACCGUACUUUAAGCAAUGGUGAAAAAAUCCACCGUCCUUGGUUAUUAUAUUCUUUAUCUUUAAAUAGUGUUUUCUGUGCUCCAUGUAAACUAUUUUGCACCACCGAUGUCACAGAGAAAAAGGAGCGUAUAUAUGGUAAAGAAGGAGUGAACGAUUGGCAACAGUUAUCUUUAAUCUUGAAAAGGCAUGAGAGCAGAUUAAUCCACAUUAAAUAUACUAAACAAAUGCAUGAUUUGAGUGUAGCACUGAAAAAGGGUACGACAAUCGACUCGUCCAAUCAGCGAUUAUACGAACUGGAAAAAAAUCAUUGGCGUGCCGUUAUUGAAAGAUUGAUGCUUAUUGUCAGAUAUUUAUCUCGUCAGUGCUUGGCCUUUAGGGGUUCAUCACAAAAACUGUUUCAGCCAGAUAAUGGAAAUUUCCUUCAAUUGACUCAAAUGAUUUCCAAAUUUGACGCAGUUCUUUCCGAACAUUUACGUAGAAUACAAUCCAAAAAUUACAAAAAUGCGCCUCACUAUCUAGGUUGGGAACACCAAAACGAAAUGAUUAAGUUAUUGGCAACAACUAUACAAGAACAAAUAUUAGACAGAAUACGAGAGGCAAAAUAUUUUUCUAUAAUUUUAGAUUGUACCCCAGAUAUUUCACAUACUGAACAAAUAACUGUUAUAAUUCGAUGUGUUCCUUGCGUCCCACCAGUUAAGAUUUAUGAACAUUUCUUGGGAUUCUGCCCAAUUACAGAUACAACUGGUUAA